GUCCCUGGACUGCAACAAGACAACAUGGCUGUUCUAACUUAUCAGUUGUUGUCAGUUACAGUUGUUCUUGGUGCUGUUCAACUCAGUGGUUACAGCUUUAAAAACUGCAUUGCAGACCCAUAUUCAAAUGGAAAAUGUUUCAACUGCAUCCAUCGAAAGGAAAAGAAGAUGUCUGUUAUUAUACGUGAUCUGCCGCCAUCUGCCAUCAAUCUCACCGUCUCCAUGAAUCCUGUGUCAUACAUUUCCAACCACAGCUUUGUUCAUCUACCAAAGCUUCAAUACCUCAGAAUAGAUCAUAACAAUUUGAGUAUCAUCGAUCAGUUUGCUUUCAAAAACUUGCAUCAACUUCAGUCUCUAAAUUUGUCUUUUAACUACAUAUCAGAACUCAACCCUUUUCUGUUUAAGGACCUUCACAACCUCACCUUUCUUUCGCUGACAAACAAUAAAUUAAAGCAGCUCCCUGAUGGAAUUUUCGCUACUAUGCUCAAUCUGAACACUUUAAUCAUGAGGCAAAACCUUCUGACAAAUUUCUCAGGGAUUUCUGUGUCUGUGUCACAUCUAAUUAAUCUGAAGACAAUAGACCUUUGCUUUAACAGUUUGACCUCUCUCAGCCACUCAAAUGUGUCGCUGCCCAAAUCCCUCACUACUUUAUAUAUAUGUAAAAAUAAUCUGUCUACAUUAGGAUGUAAACAUUCAUUUCUCAGGUUCAUCAAGGUGCUAGAUUUGUCAUACAAUUGGAGGUUCCCUACGAUGGCUUUUCAAGGAGUGGAUUUGAGACAUAUAAAAUAUCUGCGUUUGCGUUCAACAAGUGUCAAGGUUGUGGAGUUUUUAAAUAUCAGCAACGUCCAAGCAAAUCUUGUUGAUUUCUCUGGCACAGGUCUAAAAAAUGACAGCCUGCUUAUCGAGCUAUGCAGAUUGUUGAAGAGAAAGGUGAAAUGGAUAAAAAAUUUGCGUCUGGGUAUUAAUGGGAUUGAGAAUCUAACAAACUACACACUGUACUAUUGUCCUAAAAUCACAGGGGCUCUGGAUCUAUCCCGCAAUGAACUGAAAACAACAAGUUGUCUUAACUUUCUCAAUAGACAGACACGCAUAAAAAGCUUCAAUGCAGAGCAUAACCAUCUCACCUCUCUCCAGUCCUGUAGAACACAAAAUAUGAUUUACUUCCAAAAUCUGGAGGAGCUGAGCUAUCGUUACAACCGCAUCCUCUCAGUAAAUUCUUAUGCUUUCUAUCACACACCAAAUAUCAAGACGCUAAAACUUAACAUAAACACAAUUGCUUAUCUCGAUCGCAAAGCUCUCAAAGGGUUGAAAAGACUCGAGACACUCCGUUUGGACAAUAAUAUCUUAACGGAUUUGUUCAAUGACACCUUUGAAGAUAAUUCCAACCUGCAAAUUCUUAAUCUACGCAACAAUCGUAUUUCUGUCAUUUUCAAUUGGACCUUUCUCAGGCUCAAUAAUCUUACUACAUUGGAUCUUGGGGGUAAUAAGAUCACUCAUUUUCAGCCAUUGGCUCUUGAUGGACUAAACAGUCUGUCCAAAUUCUAUCUAGAUGGAAACAACCUCAAACAGAUUGACACUUCCCUCUGUCGUGUAUUUCAAGAUACACUCACAGUGCUAGAUUUAGAAAGUAAUAAGAUACGCUUCCUCAGUGAAAAUAUCAGGUCACCAUUUAUGAAUCUCAGCAAACUCAGUGAUCUGAAAUUGGGUGGGCAGCAGCCUUAUGGCCUGACCGUUUUACCCAGCACUUUAUUUCGUGGCCUCCACUCACUGAAAUCUCUCUAUCUCAGCAACAAUAAAAUCUUUCAUCUUGCUCCUGAUGUAUUUGAUGAUCUGACAGGCUUGCGUUUCCUCUCACUGGAUAACUGCUGUGUUGGGGUGGCAAAAUUACAACCAGGAGUCUUUAAAAAUCUAAGAAAUUUGACCAAAUUGAUUGUAGAAAAUAUGGGCAUUCAGAAUUUCUCAAAGGAGGUUUUUGGGAAUCUUACACAGUUAGGCAUACUGCAGCUCAACCGCAAUGUGAUGCACAGCAUUCCUGUUGAUGCACUACUAAGUCUAGCUAAACUCCACUACCUUGACAUACGUAAUAUUCCUUUAAGCUGCACCUGCCACAACAGUUUGCUGCAAAACUGGACAAAAAAUAACCCAAAUGUACAGGUAGUCUAUCUCCACAGUCUGCAAUGCCAACAUGAUACAAAAAUCAAAUUCUAUAACUUCGAUACCAAAGUUUGUUACAUAGAUCUAGGAGAGUACCUGCUCUUCAGCACAGCAGCUGUGAUCUUCCUGUUCACGGUCACUCCUUUACUUUAUGUCAAACUCUAUUGGAGAAUGAAGUACAGCUACUAUGUGUUCCGUUCCUGGUUUAGUGAUCAGUGGCGCAGACUCAGAGAGGAGGAAGAAAACUGCAAAUAUGAUGCAUUUAUUUCCUAUAAUUCCUCUGAUGAACAAUGGGUCAUGGACCAUUUACUGCCCAAUCUGGAGGGAAAUGGAUCAUCUUUUAAACUUUGCCUACAUCACAGGGACUUUGAACUGGGCCGCGAUAUUGUGGACAACAUUGUCUCUGCUGUAUACAGCAGCCGUAAAACUAUUUGUAUGGUGAGCAGGAAUUUCCUACAAAGCGAGUGGUGUUCCCUGGAAAUCCAGCUAGCCAGCUACCGACUCUUCGAUGAGCACCGAGACGUUCUUCUGCUUGUGUUUCUGGAGCCAAUCUCUGAGAGGCAGCUGUCAUCCUAUCACCGCAUGAGAAAAGUCAUGUUAAAAAAGACUUACCUGCAGUGGCCUGGCUCAGACUGCAUUGACCCACUUCAGGCCCAAGAACUGUUUUGGAAUCAGCUAUGUAGGGCAAUAAGAGUGGGGAGCAGACUCAAAACAGAAGAAAAUGAUAAAAGGGAAGGGUGUGCUUCUGCUGAAAGUGAAGAGACUGAAAAUUUUGAGACAUCAGAUGAAAACUAUUACUUGCUACCUUAAAAAGGUUUGAGAAUUUUAUUUGUGAUUUAGUCAAGAUAAAGCCUUCAGUAUAUCAAAUGAUAAAUUCAAUUCUCUGCUGCAGGGAGAGGGUUAUGAAAAUAUGGUGUGAAAGUACAGUGUGAUCCAAGGAUUAUAAAGGAUUAACAAUAACAUCAUUUAUACAAGCAUGAAUCAACAGUGUCAUUUAAUAUCUUGUGAUCAGGUCAGUUUUAUAUUUAGUAAUGCUUGAUGCUUGGAAUUCCUCUAUUUUACACUUGUACAAAUGGGUUUUCUUGCAUUUAAAUGUUGCCCACACACACACAAAAAAAAAAAAAAAAAAUUAAA